CUGAGCGCUGUUCAGCACCUCCGGCUUUCCAUUAGAAACAGCUGCACGAUCCUGACAGUAAGACAAGGCGUCUACGGACAUUACAGUCAUGUCUAGCCGAUUCAUCAGCACCGGCCAGCAGCUGCGUCAGGGGGACGUCCUCACCAGUGAGGACGGAAACGUCAAGGCUGUCUUCCAGCAUGAUGGGAACUUUGUUAUCUACAAGAGUUCUUCUACUCCCACCUGGCAUUCCAACACCGUCUGUGAUAGGCCAUAUCGGAUCGUUCUCCUGGAGGACAAUAACCUGGUCAUGUACUCUAAAGCUAAUAAACCACUUUGGGCCACCGACACUUACUGUAAUCAAACCAGCGAGAGAAUGCGUCUAACCGUGACUAACGAGGGUACCCUGGUUCUCGAUAGAGACGGGGGGACAAUCUGGACCUCUGGAAAGUGAAGUGGUAGACAGCCUGAUGGGAAAUCACCAUUUCUGAUUUUCCUCUAUUGCUGUGUGCUAUAAAUGGCAAA